CUCGUUCGGUGCUUACACAGUAUGGCCGGCGAUAUUAGCUAGCGCUCGCUAACUGUAUUCUCUGCAAAAGGGAACGCGGUAACUUAAGAAAAUUAACAUCAGAAUUACUUUAAUGACUGUACCUCAAUAAAUUAUAGUCAAUCGAGAAAGGAUUUAUUAACAUACAAACGUUGCGAACAACGUUUACACCUUUUUGUUGGGCGUCUGUUGUCUCAUGAUGGAGGAAAACGGUGCACAUUUCUUCGAAGGGACCGAGAAGCUGUUGGAGGUGUGGUUCUCUCGGCAGGAUGAGACCAAGGGGACCGGGGACCUCCGCACCAUCCCAAGGUUUGAAUGGGACAAACUUCUGGAGAAUGUGCAUUGUUUGAUCAUAAGUGUGACAAAGACUGACAAGCAGGAAGCUUAUAUACUCAGUGAGAGUAGCAUGUUUGUCUCCAAGAGACGUUUCAUUUUGAAGACAUGUGGAACCACCCUCUUACUGCAAGCACUGGUGCCACUGCUGGAACUGGCCCGGGAGUACUGCGGUUUUGAUGCCAUUCAGAACUUCUUUUACUCCCGUAAGAACUUUAUGAAGCCGACCCAUCAGGAGUUCCCUCAUCGAAACUUCCAGGAAGAAGUGGACUUCCUCAGCCAGAUCUUUCCAAAUGGCGCGGCCUACUGCAUGGGACGUUUAAAUUCUGACUGCUGGUACCUGUUCACCUUGGACCUACCAGAGUACUGGGAGAACAAGCAUGCAGAUCAGACGCUGGAAGUUCUGAUGAGUGAUCUCGAGCCAGCCGUUAUGGACCAGUUCUACAUGAAAGAUGGUGUUUCUGCAAGUGAGGUCACUCGUAGGAGUGGAAUUCGUGACCUGAUACCAGGUUCUGUGAUUGACGCCACAAUGUUCAACCCAUGUGGGUAUUCGAUGAAUGGAAUGAAGACUGACGGAACUUACUGGACCAUCCACAUCACCCCAGAGCCAGAGUUCUCCUACGUCAGCUUUGAAACCAACCUCUCCCAGACGUCGUACGAUGACCUGAUCCGUAAGGUCGUGGAGGUGUUCAAGCCAGGAAAAUUUGUUACUACGCUUUUUGUCAAUGAGAGCUCCAAGUGUCGCAGCGUGUUCUCUCCUCCCAUGAAGCUUGAAGGUUACAAGCGUUUGGACCGCCAGUUGGCUCAGUUCAACGAUUACAAUUUUGUUUUCACAAGCUACUCCAAGAACCGCCAGCAGAACAAGCAGAACUGAGGGCCGAGGAUGAAGAAGAGACGUAGAAAGAAAGCCGCCGCCCCCCUCCGCCCCAGCGUCGGCUUGACUCGUAACUGUGACUUUGAUCUCUUGCAUGAAAGGUCAUCUCUUUGUCUCGAUAUUCUAGCCCACUCUUGCUGUGACCUUGAGGUGCAUGUCAAAGAAUUAAACCCCCUCUGUUGGAGGGUGUCCACUUGUGUCCAGUACACCUGUUCUUUCCUGCAGGUGUCCCCCCUCAUCCCCCACAGACAAGGCUUCCGCCCCCACUAGGCUAGGGCCCUGACAUGCUCAAACCAGUCGGUCUCCUCAGAGCUCCUGCAGCUCUUCCCGGCCUGUCCCAUCCAUCAUCGAUGGCAGUCAAACCGGUUAGCUCCUGUUAGGAGAUGCCUGCCACCGAGCCCCAGGAAGGUCUAAUUGUUUGAAGAAUGUUGGUCAGAGGUGGAAGCUGGACCCAGCAACACACCUCUGAGCUAUUUCCCACAGACUUCAGGCCCUACCUCUGCAAUCCAGAAAUCUGAACCCUUCCAGAUGUUUCAAGCUAACAAAAGUUGGCAUAAAGGAGAGCAGCGUGUUGCCAGAUUGGUGCCAGCUGGCCCAUUCUUGGUGCUCAUAGAGGCUCUCCUGGAGCAGGUGUAGCAACCCCCAGUCCUUCCUCCCUUCUCUAACACUGUCCUGUGCUCACCUCACUCCCAGCCAGACUGGAGCCAUCCCACUGGGACAAAUGGGGAGAUGAUGAAUCGGACGUGGUCGGCUUAGUUGCCCAGAGCGGCGGUUUUGUUUUCCUCACAUAAUGUCCAACAUCUGUCUGUUCCCACCCCAUCUAGAAUCCUGCAGGAGCACAAUAGAGGCCCAUCAGUCUGAGCAUGCCAGGGUGGGCCCAGAUCAUUCCACAACCCCUCCUUUUAUUUUAUUUAUUCUCUUUUUUUGCUGUGAAUCGGUUGGUUAGAAACGUGGCUUGUCUAGCGGUUUUCUUUCAACCUUUUGGGCUGUGGGGGUUAUUGGCACCACAUCUCCACUGUCUGCACUUCCUGUUACCAGGUGACAUGCCUGGAAGCAGCUCCAUCCCGGUGUCUCGGAUCAGUGGGGGGUGGGGUUUUAUUCGGGGGCGUGGUUAACUUUCACUUAAACUUACUGCAGGUUCUUGACGAGUAAUUUCCUGUCUUCUGAUUGGCAGUGAGGGUGGAGGUGUAUUUACUGGUUCCUUCUGCUCCGACUGUUCCAGUUUGUUGGAGCAGGUACAUUUUAACCCCUUUAGUUUUUCUAAACGCUGAACUUGUAGCUUCGUUUUUCUGCUUCGGACCAACCAUUCUCCCUGUUCCCGAGUUAAGGGAUGUUGAUGGGGAUCCGAUGCUGACGAGGUCAACGAGGGUGAAGCUACCUGCAUCUGACGGGAUGUACUGAAUGACACAUUUGCUGUUCUGAUUCUUUAUUUUGCUGUUCUUUUGGUCAAGAUGUGCUAAAUAUGUCUGUGCAUUUGGCUUGAAGCUUCAAUAAAAAACUCCGCUGUACAAUCA